CGAGCGGACAUCUCGUAACGGCUUUGCUGUCAUCCCUCCCCCCCCUGUCACGCCCCGAUCGUUCGCCCGGCUCACUCAAGCUCGCCCACCCGCACCCGAUCCAAGGGUGUCUCGGCGGCACACGUAUCAUCCGCUCAUAUCUCUCGCUGAAGAGGACACCUACAGAGUAACCGCAAUGGCAGCACGUGCGCCAGGGUCAGAUGCUGGGCUCGACCAGGAGAUCGAUCCGAAUGCAUCGCCAAGCGGCAGCAGCGUCGACACCAACACCAACACCACACCAGACACCGAGCUCUCUCCCCCUGACAGUCCAAUCCAGAAGAAUGGAUCCACCAAGGACAAGAGAACGCUAGCGAGGAGAAAGCUGGCCAGCUUGACCCUGGAGGAGAAGGUGUCUCUAUUGACAGCGGCAGACUUCUGGCGGACAAAGGCGAUUCCGUCCAAGAACAUCCCUGCGAUCAAGACCAGCGACGGGCCCAACGGUGCCCGUGGCGGGAUCUUCAUCGGGGGCACGAAAGCCGCCCUUUUCCCCUGCGGCGUCUCGCUGGCGGCGACAUGGAACAAGGACAUUCUCUAUCAGGUCGGCCAGCACCUCGCCGAGGAGACCAAAGCACGGUCAGCCAACGUUUUGCUCGCGCCGACGGUUUGCAUGCACCGACACCCGCUCGGGGGGAGGAACUUUGAGUCCUUUUCCGAGGACCCCCUCCUGACCGGCAAGCUGGCUGCCCAGUACAUCAAGGGCCUUCAGGAGAGAGGGGUAGCUGCCACAAUUAAGCACUUUGUCGGCAACGAACAGGAGACGCGUCGGAUGGCCGCCAACUCGGUGAUUGCGGAGAGACCGCUUCGAGAGAUUUAUCUACGGCCGUUUGAGAUUGCAGUCCGCGAGGCCAAGCCGUGGGCGCUGAUGUCUUCGUAUAACCUCGUCAACGGUGUCCAUUCCGACAUGAACACGCACAUUCUCCGGGAUAUCCUCCGCGGCGAGUGGGGGUACGAUGGAACCGUGAUCUCGGACUGGGGUGGCACGAACUCAACUGCCGAAUCUCUCAAGGCCGGAUGCGACGUCGAAUUUCCCUUUUCCACCAAGUGGCGCUUCGAAAAGGUUCUCGAGGCCCUGCGAGAUGGGAAGCUCACCGAGGCCGAUAUCGAUCGAGCAGCCGAGAACGUGCUCACGCUCGUGGAGCGCACCAAGGGGAGCGAUCUGACGCCGGAGGCCGAGGAGAGGGAAGACGACCGCGAGGAGACGAGGAAUCUCAUCCGCGAGGCCGGCGUCCAGGGGCUCACGCUGCUCAAGAACGAGGGGUCCGUCCUGCCGAUCAACCCCGCAACCGCCAAGGUGGCCGUGAUCGGGCCAAACGCCAACAGAGCAAUCGCCGGCGGCGGUGGAAGCGCCAGUCUCAACCCCUACUACAACACCAUCCCCCUCGAGAGCAUCCGCAAAGUGGCACAACAGCCAGUCACUUACAGCCAGGGAUGCCACAUCUACAAAUGGCUUCCGGUGGCGUCGCCGUACUGCUCCGAUAAAACGGGGAAGCAGGGCGUGACAAUCGAGUGGUUCAAGGGCGACAAGUUCCAGGGCCAGCCCGUCGUCAUCCAGCGAAGAACCAACACCGACCUUUUCCUCUGGGACUCGGCGCCGCUCGCCGACGUGGGGCCGGAGUGGUCGGCGAUCGUGACGACGUAUCUGACUCCACCGGCCACCGGCAAGCACACCAUUUCCUUCAUGUCUGUCGGGCCCGGCAAGCUCUACGUCAACGGCAAGCUCGCUCUGGAUCUGUGGGACUGGACGGAGGAGGGCGAGGCCAUGUUCAGCGGCUCGGCCGAUUACCUGGUCGAUGUCGACAUGUAUGAGGGCAGGGCCGUGGAGCUCCGGGUCGAAAUGACCAACGAGCUGCGCCCGCUGGCCAAGCAGACGGAGUUCAACAUGACGCACAGGUACGGCGGCUGCCGCAUUGGCUUCAAGGUCGAGGACAAAGUCGACUACCUCCAGGAGGCCGUCGAUGCCGCCAAGGCGGCCGACGUCGCCGUGGUGAUCGUGGGCCUGGACGCCGAGUGGGAGUCGGAAGGCUACGACCGCCAGACGAUGGACCUGCCGUCGGACGGAAGCCAGGACCGCCUCAUCGAGGCCGUCGUCAAGGCCAACCCUCGGACCGUCGUCGUCAACCAGUCCGGCUCGCCGGUCUCCAUGCCGUGGGCCGAUCAGGUGCCGGCCAUCCUGCAGGCGUGGUACCAAGGGCAGGAGGCCGGCAACGCGCUCGCGGACGUGCUAUUUGGCCUCAAGAACCCCAGCGGUAAACUUCCGUGCACCUUCCCCCGCCGGCUCGAAGACACGCCGGCGUACCACAACUGGCCGGGCGAGAACGACACGGUCGUGUACGGCGAGGGCCUGUACAUCGGGUACCGGCACUACGACCGGACGCGCACGGCGCCGCUGUUCGCGUUCGGCCACGGCCUGUCGUACACGACGUUCGAGUACGGGCGGCCGUCGCUCAGCGCGCGCGUGCUGGGCCCGGAGGCCGCCGCCGAGAUCGAGCUCGUCGUGGGCAUCAGCAACGUCGGCGCCGUCGCGGGGCUCGAGACCGUGCAGGUGUACGUGCGCGACGAGAAGGCGCGCCUGCCCCGCCCCGAGAAGGAGCUCGUCGCCUUCGAGAAGGUCGCCCUCGACCCCGGCGAGACCAAGCACCUGCGCAUCCCCAUCGAUAAGUACGCCGUCGGGUACUAUGACACGGCCAUCGGCAGGUGGAUCGCCGAGGCCGGCCGGUUCCAGGUCUUGGUUGCCGCUUCGGCGGCGGAUGUCAAGUAUGCCGUUUCCUUCGAGGUUAAGGAGUCCUUCACAUGGGUGUUUUGAUGAGCAUGGCUGAGUGGGUCGAUAAGGGGUUGGGCUGGCUGGUCAGUCAGGGCGGUUGCAUCUGAUUUCGUAUUCGGUGUAUCUAUUUCUUGGGCCAAGUCACUCUUGUUGCAUCCGUUGCAAAAGCUGCCACGGCUCUGUUCCUCCUGAUGCUGGUCCCUAUGAGCAGUCGUUGUUGUAGAUGGUGUAUGCUGCCAGAAGAAUUGCCGGUGAUCCGGAGGUAAGGGACCUGACAUUGGAGAUAGAUCGCUUCGUCGAUGCACUGAGUUCCAAUGACAGGGGAUCAGGAGUCAUCGAGUGCGCGAGCUCAAAGCAGGGGACGUAAAGCGUGACAAAAAUAGCUUCCAGCUCGUCAAAUACGGCGUUGAGAGCAAUACAGAAACCGUGAGAUCCUGCCUCCUACCUCGGUGCCAUCCAUGACCUGAGUUUGGUCAUGGGGCGCCAGCAUUUCGGUUUACGCG